UUUUUUUGUCCGUCGAACUACAGCACAGAGCGACAAAAAGCAAGGAUCACCAAAAAUGUACGUCGAAAAUGAUUUGCUGAUGGGAAGGACUUAGUUGGAAUUAAAGAGAAUAAAGAAGCAGAGCAACAUGAGGGACAAACAAAAAAAGUCCAGUUGGGUGCAAAGAUCGGAGAAGUCAAAGGGAAUGUUCAUGAGAAACUUGAAAAGGAAGGCAUUCAGGAGAACCAAUUGAACUUAGAGGCUGAAAAAGUCAAAGAAGGCAUUCGCAAAAAAAUGUCCAGUAACAGCAAUGAGAGUGGGAAACGACAAAAAGGCGCAUGGGAAUACGGAUCCAAAAAUCACUACAGAUGUACGUCAAGAAUUAUUAAAGAUCCAAAACGGCACAAUGAAAGAGGAGAUUCUAGAUAAAAAUAAGGGAGAAAAACAAGAACACGAGGAAGAAGAAAUUCAAAAGAACCAGCUAGACUGCGAUGUUGAAAAUGUCAAUGAGGACAUUUGCAAAAAAAAUCAAACUGCAAGAACGUCAGUUGAAAAUGAUAAAAAGCGUUAUGGAAAAGCAAGUCAAACUCCAUUGAUUAAUGCAGAUGAACGUCAAAAAUUAUUAAGUAUCAACAAUGGCACAAUUAAAAAGGUUAUAGAAGGAAAUAAGGGGGAGAAACAAGAAGAGCAGGUUAAGAGAAAUGAAUUGGAUUCAGGGAACCGAAAGGACAAAAUACUAACCCCUGAAAAUAAAGACAAAGGUGGUGAAGAUGAUAAAGAGAUUAAUAUUUCUGACUUUUUUUCCUACUUACCUGUACUAGUAAAAUAGCGCGAUCCGCAGUUCAAGUUUUUAUUUUAGUAUUUAUUAGUAUGAGAAAAACUUUCAAGAGCAAAUAUUUUAUUGGUAGGAUAUGUGGAUUAAAUUAAAAAAUUUAUCCAAAUUUACAUCAAACAUGCUGAAUUCAAGUGAGUGUGAUUUUGUUAAUAUAUAUUUAGA